AGUACACCUACGGAACAUAAUACAUAUUACUACGUCAAGCAAAUAGAAUCGUAGAUACGCGAGACGAGGUUACACACGGAGCUUGCAGACGUUACCACGUAGCUUGAAGCAUACGUUUUACCUGAGAGUAAUUGGUUUUCGCGAUAUUUGCAUAGCAAAAUUUAGGCAUGGAAAGAGCGCUAUGUCCUCGCCUUUUAGAAGGGGCUACAAGCAAUUUGCGGACGAGGCCCCGUUUCCUUACGCAUCCUCGCUUGGCAACACGCUGCCGUCCCCCUUUGCUGGCUGCACUUCGGCAGCCCGAAAAGCAAACAGAACAUGAAGGAUUGGCCAAGGAGCCAAAGCCCGACUAUUCCUCAGCAUCAGCAGUGCGCCGCCUUGUCAUGGGCAUCACGGCUGGCUGUGGCGCCUGGGCUUCAGCUGCGCUAGCAGCGACUGCCCGCAUCGACAGCGCGGACCCGUCUGUCGUCAUUGGGCCAUCCAGUGAAACACUGCUCGGAUAUGGGCCAGACUUCUCCUUCACGUCUCUUUUGUUCUUCUCGCUUCUAGGCUACUUCUUCGUCCAGGCCGUGUUGUACCUGUCAGAUAACGCGCCUGACGGUCUAGACAAGGAGCCCGACGACCCGGACCACCCCACGCACCACCCCCGCCAGCAGCCCCCCGGCUCCUCCCCCCGCUCCGGCCCCGGCUCCUCCCCCCUAGGCGGCGAUCUGGGUCGGGCGCCCAUCCGCUCCUACGUGGACAGCUCGCAGCCCGCCCCUGGCAGCGACCAGGACGCGGCGCAGCUGCGGAAUGCCAGCCUGGCGCGCAGUGCGGCGUACCGGGUGGCGGCGGCUGUCAGGGAGAGCCUGCCCCGCAUCCACUGCCUGGUGGAGGAGCUGGGGGCCGCCGCGGAGGGGCCCUGGCCGCCCCCGCCGCCCCGCUCCGCCGCGGUGGACCCGGUGGCGGAGCGGGUGUACCGGGGGGUGCUGCGGGAGCGGGGGGAGCAGGGUCCCGCCCCGCCUCCCCCGCUGUGUCCCCGCCAGCGUGCCGCCCUGGAGCGGGUGCUGCUGGAGGAAGUGGCGGAGGCAGCGGCGGCGGAGCAGGUGGGGGAGCUGAGCCGGCUG